UGUCAAAAUCUGGUCCAGUAUGAUGUGAAACAACGCUGAGAGGAAAAACCGAUCGAUAAAUUAUCUGCAAUAGGUUUUUCCGAGUGGUAGACUUCUUCUGUUGAAGAGGAAUUAAAUUUUGUACGGAAAAUAGUGCCAAAUAGUUUAGCGGAACCAAUCUUUCGCUGGUCGAAACAUGGUACUUGGUGCUUAACGAUUCACCAUGGCCGCUAGAUAAGAAAGAACUUCCCCGAGACAGCUCCCAGAGGCCAAGGAUAUUGAAUGUCAGGAAUUCGCUUCCAUUUUUCAGUGCAAAAGUGUUCAUCACGUCACAAGUUUUCCGUGUUCACCAUAAGUACACCUUUUUAUAGAUACCAAUUUUAGAAGUCUAUAAUUAAGAAAGAAGCACUAUACUAAUAUAGUUAGCCAAAGCAAUGAAGAAGCAAAACGUCCGGACAAUCUCGUUGAUUGUGUGCACAUUCACGUAUCUGCUGAUCGGAGCGGCCGUUUUCGAUGCCCUCGAGUCGGAAACGGAGAAAAAACGCUGGAAGGCUUUAAAUGCAAUCGAAAGCGUACUCAUUUCGAGGUACAACAUAUCGGCCGAGGAUUUCAAGGUAAUCGAAACGGUAAUCAUGAAGUCGGAACCGCACAAGGCCGGCCAGCAGUGGAAGUUUUCCGGAGCCUUCUACUACGCCACUACGGUUCUAACGACCAUCGGGUAUGGCCACUCGACUCCCUCGACCGUGAGUGGGAAGAUUUUCACCAUGUGCUAUGCCGCCAUCGGAAUUCCUCUGGGUCUGGUCAUGUUCCAGAGUAUCGGCGAACGGGUCAAUAAGCUUAGUAGUGUUAUCGUUCAUGCGGUGAAAACUUCAUUCAACUGCAAAAAAGCUAUAGCGUCGGAGGUGGAUUUGAUUCUGGUCGUAACGACGCUGAGUUCCCUAACAAUCGCUGGAGGAGCAGCUGCGUUCAGCAAAUUCGAAAAUUGGUCUUACUUCGAUUCGGUGUAUUAUUGUUUUAUUACACUAACCACAAUUGGUUUUGGGGAUAUGGUGGCUCUGCAGAAGGACAAUGCCCUGAACCAAAAGCCUGAGUACGUGGCAUUCGCCUUGAUCUUCAUUCUCUUCGGUCUGGCAGUGGUUGCUGCUUCCUUGAAUCUUCUGGUUCUUCGAUUCGUCACCAUGAACACCGAGGAUGAAAAGCGAGACGAAGCACAAGCGAUUCAGGCCCUUCAAAUCGCGGUCAAACUGGACGGUGACAUUAUCACUGGAAACUCGAGCGACUCCGACCGGAAGUGCUACGAGCGUGUGUCAAUUUCCGGGCCCAGCCGAAUGUGCACCAACUGUCCGCCGCAGAAGUACGACAUCCCGGAGUCGGACAUCGGGUACAUCAUGGACGCCAGUUAUCGCUAUCCGCUGAUGGAUUGUUCGGAAAUGGCCGAACUGCGGUCCCCGGUAGCUGGUGGAAUGAUUCCCGGUGAAGGGCUACGGUACGCCGAGUACGAGCUGGAGGAAACGGAUGACGAGGGACUGGCCGGGCCGUUGCGUUACGAAUUCCAAUCGAAUCAGGGCCGGGCUUCGGUCUAGCUAUAGGAGAACAAAACUAUGGGUAAAAACAAAGCAAAAUGAUAACUGGUAGUGAAGCUUAGAGCUAAGGGCGUAGCGUAAGAAUAUGUUAAGGUCUAAAUUUUUAUGAAAAGUACUAUUUUUAGCACUAAUGAUUGGGAGCAAUCGGACGAAUUAGAAAUUAAUAAAAUAAUUCAUGAAAUUCAA